UGAUAACAGCCAAUGCAGAAGAAGACCGAAAGGCAAGCUGAGAGCCCAGUACACGCUAUGCGAAAGAUUCAAAAGGAGAUUUCAAACGGGAACCUCCAAACCAAAACUUAAUACGCCAUACUUGAGAGAAGUCGUGCAGUCCAAGGAGCACAUGAAGUGGCUUUUUGCUGCAUGAGAAGAAAGACGCGAGAGAGCUACAGCCCACUGUCCAAGCCAGAAACAGAAAUAAACUCAAUCACUUCAAAGACAGAUGCUGAAGUUGCGUCCUACUUGCCUUCCCAAGCCUAGAACAAACAUUCGUUUACCGUAAUUGCACAGGAGUUCUGCUGCGUUCAAUUUGUAUUCGGUUUCAGGAAACGUUUUCGAGCCUGCAGAAACAGGUUUGAACUGACUGGGAUUUUCCAGCUCGCGGCAUUGUGGUUAAUUUUUAAUGGAGGCAUGUGUGAGAAGUGUCAACGUGCAGGCCAACCGUGACUAAUUAAUAGAAAGAAGGCAUCAACCGACGUUCUGUGGUACUUGAAGUCGGAGUGACGCCAGCAAAAUUUAAUACAUACGCAAUUUGAUGUUAGUCGAGAUUGAGACAAUAAUAAAUAAAAUCUUGGAAGCACAAACUAUAUGGAUUAAUUAUAAUGCAGCCAGCUUCUGUCAAAGCGAUUGUGAGGAAAUUGGUAACGGAUUAGUGUUUUCAUCUGCACAUGGAAACAAGGAAUGAUUUGUAACAAUAACUGCAAACUAAUUGUCUAUCUUUCCUUGUGCUUGGUAACGAAGGACUGGCUAUCGUGGUUACUGGAGUAAUGAAAUGGAAACUGUGAUCGAUCUGCAGGAUGUUAGUGUUUGAUUGAAGACUGUUUGGAGGAGGGAAGGCGAAAAAUAUUCAUGUUUAUCUCCAAGUACGGCGAAUAUUUUUCCCUGGCAUUAUCUGCUGAUUUGACUGUCCAGUUUACCACCCUACUAACCCUUGAGUUAUCACUGUGUACCGAGCAUGCACAAACACUAGCUGGGAGAUUUUUGCAUUCUAAAAACAAUCAGCAGUGUUUCAACUAACUGCUGUGAAUAACAAAUGUAACACACACCGUUGCGGUCAGAUACCGCAGUCGAUCCGUCUUCCUCUGGAAUUGUGACAUCACUUCCAACCAGUUCAGACCCAGGCGUGUUGAGUGACCUCAUGAUUGAUUUGGAUAUACCAAAUAUGGGGGUCAUGAUGGGCAACUCGGACAAUAUGACAAGUUUGAUAGCCCUGACACCUAGUGUGAGUGUCAUGACCCCCAUCACCAUGAUGGGUUCGGGGUUACUUGGUAACAUCAUUGCCAUCGGAGUGUACCAUUGCUCGUGCACCGCUCAUCGUAACCUUCCUUUCUAUGGCCUCAUGAAGGGCUUACUGUGGACCAACGUGGUGGGCUACUUGGCCGUGUACCCACUUAUAAUCGCAGCCUUCUUCAACGGCUUACACUGGAUCGGUGGCAUGCACACUUGUAACUUUCAGGGAUUGUCUACGCUGAGUUUUGGCAUGUCAACCUCACUGCUAGUUGGCUGUAUGGGCUUUGAGCGCUUUCUUGCCGUUUGUAAACCUACGUUACACGCUAAACGCGUGGAGAGAAGAAAGAUCCCAUAUCUGAUCUUUCUAGUCUGGGUCUUCGCUAUUUUCACCGCUUUUAUGCCUAUAGUAGGGUUUGGUGAGAUGGUACAGCAUUAUCCAGGUACAUGGUGUUUUGUAAAUUGGCGGCAUCAACAAACUGUUGGCAAGCUGUACACCAGCAUCCUCGCUGCAGAACUCUCUGGUGUUUUACUUCUUGUUUUUUCCUGUCUGCUUUCUGUGGUAUGUUUCUCCCUGUUGAAACUACUACGUAUGGUACCGGGAAAAUCAGAGGGCGUCGUUGAGAUAACUGGUACAUCAGUCAGGCGUCUGUCAGUUAGAAGUAGACCCAAUGUAGUGGUUCCUGGGAGUGCAUCACCGUGGCUUACUUUCCAUUAUAUUCUGUUUGCAUCCACGGUACUCGUCUGCAUGACUCCAAUUGUGUUGAGAAUAAUCUUGAACGUUUCCGGCUUUGACGAGGAUCAUUUCGCCACUUUUCGAGCUAUGGGCUUUGCUGAAUGCUUCCCUGCCAGUGCUCCAUGGAUUUACAUGCUUCUACAUCAGAGGCUUUGGCAACGAUUUCUGCCAUGCUGCUUCUCAAAACACCUGCCAAACACCAAUUGUACUCACUACCAGUAUCGUCAUCAAGCCUUGGAUCAUAACCAUAUUGGCCCUAUGGAAGCUGGCCACAAUGCUUCUGACGACAUGAGCGGCAGUGCAAACAACAAUAUGCAACCCAACAACGUGGAAGGAACUACUGGAUAUAAGCCAGUGGCUGAGGAUGGAUCGACAGUCGACAUUCUGACCAUUAGGAAUGUGGCUCGAAAGAAUCAACAGCAAUCAAAAAAAGGACAUGAGAAGAAAUCACAUUCAUGCAAACCACUGACAGACUUUUCCCCAUCUAACACAAGGAGUAACAGUAAACUAGGUGUACCAAACCAUCCACUCUCUGGUCACAUGAAAGAAGACUUGACUGAUAAACAUAGGAACCAUUAUUGUUCAGAUGGCAGCAUAGCGCGGAUCGAAUACCACGCCCUCAUGCGGAUGAUGGAUGAAGAUUCACAUGAGAAUGUGUCAAAAGACGAGCAUGCAGAGCUUGCUAAGGCUUGUUCAUUCAGUAAAGAAUCCACGAUCUGACUAGAUUGGAAUUAAAAGCUGAACACUUUUAAAAGGCUACAGUAAUAGUUAGUGGAAUUACAAAUUAUAUUGCAUAUCGGAAGCGCUACAUUUAAGCAGCAAUGACUAUGUGCUGUGUUGCCGAAACCGUCAUUACCAACUUACCAAGGUUUGAAAUGCGCAGCUGAAAUGUACAUUUGCAGCAAGAUAAAUGCUCAUUUCAAUUUUUUCCUGCUAAUUUUUUUGCAUUUAUUUUCUGAGAUCGUUUGCAUCUCACUCUUGUAAUAGUUCAUGUAAUUCCAUGUGGAUUGACAACCAAUUCCAAUGCUUCAUAAUAGAAAACUAAUUCAACGGACGCUGAUUAAUGUGCAUUAAUUUGUAAAUAUUAUAGUAAAUCCGUACUGUAUUCUAGUACAUGCAAUCUUUUUUUAAGUGUGGAGGUAUGCUUGAUAAGCACAAUACAGUUUUCAGGUAAUACUAAUAUCUUGAUUGCUGACAACAAUAUAACAUCGAUGUCGGUGCCCAUUUAAGAGCAACCGUUAUUUAAUUUAAAACAGAAAGUUGUCAUCGUAAGAAAAUAUCACUGGUAUGCUAGUUAGUGAGGGAAUAGCCAAGAGUUUACGAUUUUAACUACUGUUGGCAGAUUUUCCCAAAAAUUUACAUUUUUGCCCUUAGUAGGAGGGGUUCAACUUAAUUAGUUUCUGGUUGGAUGCAAGUCCUGUGCUUUGCUUGUUUUUUUGUUUUGUUUUGUUGUUUUUUUUGGGGGGGGUUGGCUAGUUUGAUCAAUAUCUGUUCUGACGAUGAAGGUUGUGCACUUACCCAGCGAAAGACUACACUGUGAAGCCCUUGGUAAAGUUUGUAGGUCAUGGCUAAAUUGAAGCCUUUGAACCUUUCUACAAACAGCUUCUUCGUAUCUUUUGGAGUACCCUAAAAUUUUGUAAAUUUUACAAGGAUACUUUACGGUCGAUUUCGCUAUAGCAGAACGGUUUUUGUACUUCAAACGCGAAAAUGGAAACUGGGGGAUUUUAGCCAUGAACGCAUUUAUCACGUUUUGUGCAACUGCGCAAAAAUAUCCACUAGACUGCUGUUCGUGAUAAUUAUGAAGACAUCGUCAACAGAGUUGAAACUUGACGAAUUUUUAUGCUUAGCCAAUACAUGGCGCCCCCACUUUGUUUGAAACCGUGCAAUGUAAGGAGUUGAACUUUUAGGACAGCAUUUCUCUAACUGCAAUGUACUACUAAAGUCAUGUAGGUUCCAGACAAUAUUGACUGUUGCCAAAUUAAAUUGGACUUAACUGGCGUUAUAUUUAGAAGUGAAAUUAUAUUUAAUUUGGUUGUAGGCCUACGCUGCAAAACUAUUCUCAACAUACUUGACGAGGGGCUUCCUUACUAUUUUGUAACUAUUUUGUAGAAUGAGAUCUCUCGUUCUGGUGAAGGAGAACAACAAGUAUAGGGGGGUUAGAAAGAAAGACGUUUGUGGGAUUUGAGAACAUCCUAUGAAAGGGACUUGUAUUAGUCUGUAGAUUGUGGUCAGUGAGUCAGCAUUAUUAAGGUCCGUGAGUGACGUGUUUGCAGUGUGCUUCCUCCUUCGCUGGCCUGACUGCGAGUCGAAACUCACCUAUCGUACAGAAAAAGCACACACCUACCUCGUUGAACAGCUCAAGUUUGAGACUUUUUUGCGGUUAAACCUAACAUUUUUUCUUGUCCGAGGACAAAUUUCCUUCACUCGCUAACUAAAACGUUUUAUGCAUUGUAGGUUUCCACACCUACCGUAUGCGUAUUUUGUAUGACUUUUCUAAUUUGUAUUAAAGUUUCCUUUUUUGCACAAAUUAAUACUGGUACCUGAUCUCCGUGUAAUACAAGAAUAUAUUAAAUACGGUUCUUUUUAUUUUUGAAUUUAUUGACUGAAAGAUGCGGGCAUUGAAGUUUAAUUCAACAAUUAUAAUAUCGUUUUAAGAAUUAUUGUUACUUUGUGCGAAAUCAUUGUCAAAUGUCAUAUAUUUGCCUUUUCAUUUAAAGGUAAUGGGAAUUGUUGUUCUCAAUGGUCGACCACACGUCGCGAAAAUUACACCGAUGAAUGAAUUUCUUGCCAAUCGGCGGCAUGUUCAUCUCUGCAAAGAAAAUGCCAUCUUGUACGUUGCUAAGUGUAAUGGUCAUUGUGGUAUAUUUCCUUGCACAUCAUAUAAACUUUGACAUUUCCCCAAUUUACACCGUUUCAAGUACUUUUUACACGUGGUCACUGGAUAAAGUACGGGUUAUUUGGAAUCUACAAUGUGUUUUAAUAUAUGUCGAGUUAACUGAUGGCAAGUUUAGCUGCUAGGUUGUUGGAUCUUAUAAUUAGCUCUUAAAUGAAUUCUAAAAAGAUAAAGAUGUUUGCAGAAUGUAACUAUAUAUGUCACGUGUACAGAAAUAACGUGAUUUGGGAACUGGGUCUGCUGAAAAUCGAGAAUAAAAGUUCUCUGGAAAAGGA